AAAUAAGCCUAUAGUUCAAUCCCUGCAGAUCUGAAUGGUUGAUGUGGUUAAUCCUGAAUCAAUUUCUCAUCAUUGACAACAGUUGUCUAUCUUCAGGUGCCAAAACCAACUCGUCAUCUGUCAAUACAACGUUUUUUUCAUUAGGUCACGUUGGGAUCCAUUAGAUGUACUUCACCUUGAAAUACAUAAAUUACCAUGAAUUCAGGCAGCAACCUGAAUUGGAUUUGAUGCCACCUUCCACUAUCCAGAUUGGAAAGCAAAAGUCGGAAGAAAUUAAGAGACUUAGUGGAGGUAAAGUGACUAAGAGUAAGAGUACGUCAUUGUCGGCAAGUAAACCUAGUUUCACCACCAGCACUACAAUGGAGAUGUUCAGCGAACUGUCCGUUGCAUCAGCUUUUGUUGAGAAUAAGGAAGUGUUGAUAAAUUCUGACUGUUACUUGGGAUCAAUCCUGGAUUAUAUUUGUGAGGUCACAGGUUUGCCUAGGUUUAUGAGUUUCCUUAUGUGUACAAUCUCAACUGAUCUGAUGAACAUUAAUGAUUAUGCUCUAAGUGCUCCAGGCUCCGAAUUUUUCAUUCCAAAAGAGACUUACUACAUUGUGUUCAAAGAAUAUGACUCUAAUGGUAACGAAGUUUUUUAUCCGCUGUUAAACAAGAGCAGCGACGCAUACACGUUCUUGAUGUCAAAAUUCAGGAAAGAAUCGGCAGAGCAUCAAGCACAGGUGCGACAGAAUGGAAUAAACACUACAUCAAGCCCCAAACUGAAAUCUAAAGAAACUUUAAAGUCGAAGAGUCGGAACAAAAGUGGUACGUCACAGAAGGAAGGCAAAGCUUCACGCACAUUGCCUCCCAUUAAACAGAAAAAUUGAAAGGAUGAAGGAUUUCAAGCAUUCCUUGUAUCGAUAUCGAACAAUCCAAGAAAAUAAAACGA